GCCGUCGAAGGGGCAGAGGGCGAGGAGGAAGAUUUGGCAGCAGUAACUUCAGUGGAGGCCGUGGUAAUGGAGGAUAUGGCAGCAACAACAACAAUGGCUACGGGCGUGGGCGCGGUCGAUUUGAUGGCGAAUGCCACUUUUGUCACAAGACCGGCCACAUAACCAGAGGACAUGACAAGUGUGGGAGGUUUCAUCUGCUGUGUUGAUGGAGGGCCAACAGCUUGGGAGAGCAAGAAGCAAGUGGACCAAGCAUUGAGCUCGGUGGAGUCCGAGUACAUGGCACUCUUCCGUGCCAUAAGAGAGGUUGUGUGGCAGCGGCGUUUGCUAGCUGAAUUGGGGGAGGAGCAGCAAGGACCUACCCCACUCUACUGUGAUAGCCAAGGUGCUAUUGCAUUGGCUAAGAACCCCGUUCUUCAUGGCCUUACCAAGCACAUGAAGGUGAAGUGGCAUUGGGUGAGGAGCAUGGUAACCGCGGGUGAAGUGGAGUUGCACUACGUGAAGACGACGGCGCAGCCAGCUGAUAUGAUGACCAAGAGGCUGCGACAAUUUUGGCUAACGCAGCCGGAGUUAGAAGAAUUGCGGAAGCAGCUAGAUUAUUUACUGGAGAAAAAAAAAAUCAUCCGCACGAGCUCCUCACCAUUUGCCCCCCCCAUACUGUUCACCCCCAAGAAGGGCGAUGGGUACCGAAUGGGCACUGACUACAUAGCACUGAAUAGUGUGACUAACAAGUCACGUUGCCCCAUCCCAUGUGCUGACGAACUGAUCGACCAACUUCGCAAAGCCCGCUUCUUCUCGAAAAUAUAUCUACGAGGGGGUGACCAUCAGAUUCGAGUAGUCGUAGCUGACUGUCACAAAAUAGUGUUUCGUACUAGGUACGGGAGUUUCGAGUAUGUAGUUUUGCCCUUCGGACUCACGAACGCCCCGGCCACUUUUCAAAUGUCCAUGAACCAGAUUUUCUGUUCGCUCGUAGAUAAUUGUGUUAUAGUUUACCGAGAUGACAUCUUGAUCUACAGUGAGACCCGGGAGCUGCACUUAAAGGAUCUGGAAGCAUGACGCAAGCAAAAUCGCCAUCG